AUGGAGGCAAUCGAAGAACCAGAUGCGCCAAUCGCGUCUCAAUACGUGGAUGACUCUCCAUACUACCACGUCUCGCGAUUCCGCGAAUUCGAUGAGCGUCCCACCGUCGCAGAGGCGGAUAGCACGACACCGGAGGAGAAAGAGUACGAGAGACCAGGUGAAGUGCAUGUGGGGCCGGUCGGCGCAAACGUAGCUCCGGAUGCUCGGCAACCGAAUGUGCCGGUACCACGUGGUGAACAGCCGGCACCACCACCUAAUCUGGCACAACCCAACCCGGCUCAACCGAAUGCGGCUCAACCUUAUGCGGUGGUUAUUGGUCAGCUUGUUCAACCGGUCGAAAAUGCGGCUCUGAUUGCAUUUUUUAAUCGAGUGGCUAAUCAAGAGAGAGUGAAUGUGCAAGAACCGAUCGAUGUUUCCGAUGACCAGUCCAGCGGCCACGGAACGCCUACCGAGGACGACUGGCGAGCACUCGGCUUCUCAGAUGUGUCAAGCGAUUACGAAGAUUCAUAA